AAUGAGGUAUUCUUAAUGGAAUAAUUAGUGAGGAAAAUAAGUAAGAAUAACAAUUGGUCUUUGCUGUAAUAGAAGAAGGCUAUUUUGAUCAAUUGCUCAAAAGAGUACUCAGAAAAACACAAGAACCCUAACAUCAAAUAUCAUUGAAGGAAGCUCAAGCAAUUGUUAAUACUGUUUCUCGAUCGUCAGAUUUGUAGUCAAUAAAAGAAUUAGGAUUUAAAGAUUUUGUUGGAUAUUUGCAAUCUAUAAGGGAUGUUUAUAUUGAAUAUAGAAAAUUUCAAAAACAAGUACAAUCUUCAGAUAUACCUGAUGAUUUAGAUGAAAUGGUUUUAGGUUGUUAUAAUACAGUGCCUGCAUAUUUCUUUGAUUAGCCAUUCCGAUUCAACUAUUAAUUAUUUUCAUUAGGCAAAGAUAAAAUUAAUUAAUAUUUAGAAGAGAUUAAGGAUCAUUUAGAUGAUGUAGAGAUUACAUUAUUCUUUUAAAUAAAUUCUCGUUUUGAUAAGUUUUUAAGUGUUGUAUUAAAUUUGAAUGAUAUGAAUUAAAUCAUAGAUUAGAAUAUUAUAAAAGUUAAGAGAAUACGUGAAAUUUAUAGUGUAACAAGAGAACAUAUGAUAAGAAAAAGUACUGAAAUCACAAGAAAGAAACAAGUAUUAAUUCUUAUUGAGUUUAGACAAUUGAAAAAGUUGAAAACAUUUUGUUUACUCUAAAACGUAUUUAGUCGAUUUAAAAGAGUUUCAUUACAUUAAAUGAACUUAUAAAUACUAAGAAAUAUUCCUAAGCUGUCUAAUUGUUAAAAGUAAGUGAAUAAACAUAUUAAACUAUUAAAUCAAUAACAAGUUUAAAGUUUAUUCCAUAAAAGCUAGAAUAAUUACAAAAAAAUUUAUAUACUACAAUUUUGAAUCAUCUUUUAUCAAUAAUGCUUACUCAAAUGACAUCAUUAUUAACACCAAAUAAAUAACUCAUUAAUUAAUUAAAUCAUUAAUUAAAUGAUCAUGAUGAUUCUGUGCUUGCCAAUUCUUAUGUAAAUGAUAGUUGGUUUGAAUAAUAACAACAAUAAAUUAUAACUAUUAAUAAACAAUCAGAUGAUAGUUUUAUUAAAACACUUUUAUCUUCAUCAGGUAUUAUUGAUAUGGGUGAUAAAAUAUUUAAAUAAAAAGUUCUUGAAGAAUUAUAAGGAUAUUAUUAGGAGUUUCUUAUUGCAAUUAAGAAUUUCUUCAAUCAAGAAGAAUCAGAGUAAUAAAUUAAAUUUGAUGAAUAAUCUAUAAUGGAAUAAUUAUCUUAGUAUAUGGAAGAACAACCAUUAAGUAUCUUCAUAAAAAUUGUUUAAUUCUUUUCAGAAAAUUUAAAAAAGACAAUCAAUCUAUAAAUUGCACUUGCUUAAUCAAUUGCCAAAAAUGUAUUGGAUUAACCAAAACAUAUGGAAAUUAUUGAGGAACAUUUUUCCAUUCCAGUGGCUAUGUUAAAAUUUUCUAAUGAAAAAGUAGCCUUAUUAUUAUCAUCAAAGAGAAUUGCUUCUGACUCUUCAGUUAAAGAUUUUAUAGAUUUACUUUAAAUUUAUAAAUUUUGGGAUAUAUUUUUGUAAUAGGACAUGUCUAGAAUUAAUGAAGAUUUACAAAUCAAUGAUAAAAUAAUGUAAAAAAUUAGAGGAUAAUAUUAGAAAUGUUCUAUAAAUUAAUUAAUUUAUAUGCGAAGUGCUUAGGAAAAGUAAUAUCUCUAAAACUUUCAUAAAGAGAAGAAAACCCAAUUGAAUAAAUAUCUAGAAAAUGAAACAUGGUUGGCAUCAGAUGUAUCCUUUGAUAAUUAUGAAAUUAUUACAUAUUUAUUGGAUCUAGAAGAUUUGAAAUAAGUUGAAUAGCUAGAUGAAAGUGUUUUACUUAAUAACAGUACAAUGGCAGGGAAAAAUCUAUUACCAUCAUAUGUAAAUAAUUCACAUUUCAAAAUUAUAAAAACAGAAAUUAUCAUUUUAAAAGACAAUUCUAAAUAUAAAGUAACAUAAGCAUUCUUAUUCUUUUUAUAAGCAAUAGGUUAAUAUUUGCAUUUAUUUGAAUCUUACUCAAUAAUCAAUUAUGAAUAGACCUAAAAGUUAGUAGAACUUAUAAAAUGUUAUAAUUCUUUAGCCACAUAAUAUAUAUUAGGAGCUGGAGCAGUGCAUUUUGGUAAAAUUACUACAAUUACAGCUAAAAAUUUAGCUAUUUCAUCAAUAUGUUUGAGGUUAUUCUUAUAUUUAUUAGAUCCCUUAUCAAAUAAAUUAUUUAAAUUAAUUAAGUAAGUAUUUAAUAAUAAGUAUUAAUUAGUUAAUAGUAAUAAACCUAAUUUACUAAUUUACAAUAAAUCUAGAAUGAUUUUGCAACAAUCAAAGUAGAUUAUGAAAAUCAUAAUGCUGAAAUUAUGGCCAAAUUAACUACUAUAGUAUAGGAUAGAUUUUAUAAACAUUUUGAAGAUAUUGCUAAAUUAGAUUGGAAUGUAAUAUUCAAUUAAUCAUUUAGGAUUCUUAAACUAAAAUAACUGUUCCAACUAAGAUGACUAAUCAAAUUUGUUAGAAUACUCGAUCUUUAUAUGUAGCUAUUGAAGAUAUAAUUACAAAAGAAGAUCUUUGUAAGGUUUUUGGACAUAUUGUAUCUAUUCUUAGUUCUGAUUUUGUAAAAAUAUUUAAAUAGUUGAAUAUAACUUCAAAGUAAGAAUAUUAUUGAAUAAAAUAGAAUUGGGUUUACUAGAAUUAAAGAAGAGUUAGACUAUUUUAUGAAUUCUUUAAAGGAUAUAGGAUAGUUGCCUUAAUUAUUAAUUGAUUAAUAUCAAAAUUUAGAAUCAGAAAUCACUACAGUGAUUGAGAGUAAACAAUAAUGA